UACCACAUCCUUCAAGGCUGGUCAGAGUUGUUUAUCUGCAACGAGCGAUGCAUUCAAGGUGGAAUCGGUUAUAUUCCGAGUCUUAUUAUGCUCUUAUCGUUUUCGGUAGCAUUCAUCAAAAAUUGCUUGAUGUGAUAAAACAAAGUGCAAUAAUAAAUACUAGCAGACUUCGUUAG